GAUGCAAAGCCUUUGGUUGCUUGUUUUAUUUGUUAUUCGUAUGACGUGUAACCUAUGUUUACAAACACGAGUAGUUGAUUAAUGUCACGUUACUAAGUAAGUGUUUAUUGUUGGGUCGACUUAUUUUUCUCAAGUGAGUAAACAUGCCAGUGGAAAGCGACGUGUAUUCUCCACCUGUUUCAUUGUAUAAUCUGUCAUUCGACAGCAACGAAUUUUUGAAGAAAUCAUUCUCCGUCGAUGAGUAUCUUCAAGAGCACCGUAAUAAGACCAGUUUGGAAACACUCAGAGAUGAUUUGGGAAUAUACCUAAGGAUUUUACGAUCGUCGAUGAUUGAACUCAUAAACAAAGACUAUGCAGAUUUUGUAAAUCUGUCUAGUAACCUCAUCGGCCUCGAUAGAGCUAUAAAUGGCAUGCAGUUUCCGCUUGGACAGCUGAAAGAAGAAAUUGUUCAGGUAAAGAUUGCUUUAGAAGACGCUCUGAAUGGUGUAACAGAUCUACUGAAGUGCCGCCACGAUGUAUUUGUGAAGAAGUUGUGCCUGCAGAAUCUGAUUAAUGUUGAAUUCUUUUUAAGUAAAUUUGGCUAUGUACUUGACUCAGAAGAAACACGUCAUAAAUAUUUUCUGGAUCCAGAUUUCACAGAACGAGUUGCAUCAGAAUAUAACAAGCUGCUGUUUUCUAUUUCACAGUGUGAGGUUUAUUUAACUAAUUUACAUUCAAAGAAAACAAGCAGAAUAUCUGAAGCCAUGAUGUUGGGCCUGGAUGAUAUGUUUUUGAAGAGUUUGAAAAUGAAAGACAUGAGUUCCAUUGCACGUUGCUUAAGAACCUAUGCAGCAUUAGACAAAGUACAUGAAGCAGAAAUGUUGUAUCGUAAGAACAUGGUUGCACCAGCUAUUUCAAGUGUUAUAAGUGAAACAGCAAUGGAAUCCAAUAUAAUGGGCCUGAAUGGUGUUUAUAACAGAUUACUUGACUUUGUAAAGGUUGACAUGAGUAAUCUUUUAGAACUCACCAAACUCACCAGAAGAUUUCCAGCUGUAAAGAGUUUUAGUUUUGUCUUGAACAGUUUUUGGCCUGAAGUUGAAGAGAGGCUUGAAAUGAAUUUAUCAUCUAUAUUUGCUCCAGGGAAUCCAGAUUUGUUUUAUAAGCAUUUUUCAGAAACUGAGAUGUUUAUGAAAAAGUUGGAGUACUUCUGUGGAGUGGAAGAGGACAUAAGUAAAUUCCGCAGUCACCCACAGUACCAGUCCUUCAUAAACAAAUGGAAUUUAUCCAUAUAUUUUCAGAUCAGGUUUCAGGAGAUUGGGGGUCCUGUGGAAUUUAUUUUAGGUGGUGACAGAAAUCUUGCAUUUUCAACAGCAAGUAAUUCCAGUUUGAAACUUGUGGCAUCUGAAACAGUUUGGAACAACAUUAACAGGUGUUGGUCUGAUGGCAUUUUUCUGAAGCAACUAACACACAAGUUUUGGAAAUUAAAUCUACUGAUCCUUGCAAGAUACAACUUUUGGAUUAGUGCAGUAUUACAUAAGUGGCCAUUAAGUGUGGAAAGUGCUGGAAUUGCUUCAACAUCUACUGUUAAGGAAGGGCAUGAAAAAAGUGCAGUACGGAGCCUCCAGUAUCUUGUGUGUCUGUACAAUGAUAUUGAAAAACUGAUAGAAAUGCUUCCUAGUCUCCAGAGCAUUGUCAUGAGCAAAGCAACACAAAUAUCACAAGAAGCUCAGAAAAUAUUUGAAAGGAGCCAGCAUUCAAGCCAAGAGCAGUUGAAACAGCAGCUUCCGAAAGUCACACAAGAGAUAGUGAAUGCAGUAAGCCAUCAGAGUAUAUUACAGCUCAAACAAGUUAAUGAUAUACCUCGACUCUACAGACGCACUAAUCGAGAGGUUCCUACCAAGGCAUGUUCAUAUGUUCUUCAGAUGUUAACUCCACCGACAAAGUUUUGUGCAGCUAGUGCUUCUUCAGUGUCUUCUAAGCUGCUUGAUCACUGGUUAUUGCUUAUAUUCUCAGCUAUUACAAAGCAAUAUUUUAUAGCUGUCAGUGAUGUGUUAACAUCCGUGCAGAAAACUGAAGAAAGCCUUCGUCGGCUGAAGAAAAUUAGAGAUAGAUCUACAUCAGCAAAUCUUGUUGAGGGAAGAGGAAUUGGUGAUGAUGAUAAAAUCAGACUACAGCUUGCCCUUGAUGUAAGGACUUUCUGUGAAGAGGUUGAAAAUAAGGGCCUAAACAGAUCAGAAGUUGAAAAACUGGAAGAACUUAUUAACCUCGUUGAAGAGGCUACACUUAAAUCUGAAAAAUGACCAUCAGUCCAGUGAAUAGAACAGAAAAUACAUGUGUCAGAUGAAAUGUAACUUAUAUUAAGAAAGAUGUAAAAGUAAGGUUUCAAAGAUUGAAGUUAUGGCUUUAAUAAAGAAAAUUGAGAAAUA